AACGCCGAUGACACUACAGCUAAAUACGAUCAAAUUCGAUCACCGGAUCGUGUUCCGGCCGUACAAUUCACCUUGGAGUGCGUUGACGACGAUAACAGCUCCGAAGUGGAAGCUGUGUCGUUCAUAACGGACGCAUCUAGCGAAACGAGGAUCGAUAUCACCGAGAAAUCGCCCGAGUUGCAAUCGGACACCAAAUUUGUGAGGUUGUCCGACUUAAUGUGUCAGCCUGCGCGAUUGGAUAGCGACGUUUGCAACGACGUUGUGUGUCCAAGGAUGAGUCGCUCAAUUCCUGAGAGUUCCUGGGUGGAGAGUCCGCUGCUAAUGUCGCGAUCUGCGGGGUUUCGCAUUGCGCCAAGGCCAAUGGAACCUGAUACUUCUAGUCUCUCAGAUAGUACAGGAUCCCAAACUGGGCCGUCUCAACGCCGCCUUGGUACGGACCUGCUGCGUAUGUUCCUGGAAGAAAUGGACACUGAUACCCACGUGCAUGUGGGCAACCGCAGCAUUAAAGCGCAUCGUUGCAUUCUGAUAUCACGAUGUCAGUACUUUGCUGGGACUCUUCGAGGGCGAUCGAUUGAAUUGGACGGUUUUUCAUAUGAUGCUGUGCAUUUUGCGCUGUGUCACAUCUAUAGCGGCGCAUCGCAUGUACCGGACUCCAUUAGUCUGGUGGAGUUGGCAAGUUUAGCUGAUUUGUUAAGCCUGGAAGGAUUGAAGGAGGUUGUUUCGCAUGCUUUGAAAUCGCGGCAUUGUCACAACUUUCAUUCGCCAUGUGCCGGAUGUCUUACAGGGGGUUUUGAGGUUUUGCCAUUAUCGUCUGCGUAUGGAUUAGAUGAGCUGUAUCAAAAAUGUUUGAAGUGGAUAACAACACAUUAUCUACGUAUAUGGCCCAGCAGGGCGUUCGCGUCGUUGCAGCGCGAAUUGCGCGAAAAAUGCGUUCAACAGCAUGUGGUUCACAUGAGCGCUGCUACCGUCCUCGCCACUAGUUUGUCCUGCGACCGAUUACUGGCUUCUCUGCCCAAUUUAAAGUGGGCCGAACCGGUUGUUCAAUUAGCGCUACAAUUAUCACAAACCUGUCAGACAUAUGUAACGCAGCACUUCACCGCCGUGCUGCCGACGUUGAUGGAUGCAGAACCUUGGAAUUAUCCGCGAAUUGAGGAAAUCUUACUCAACGCUUCAUCUGGAUUGACGUUGGAUCAAGAUUGCGGUGUUUAUUCCAGAUGCUCUCACAUGUUGGUUAAAACCAAAGAUAGUGCUAAUGUAACAUUGCACGAAAUGUUAGUGAAAUUAAAGGAGCACAUCGAGCGUCGCAUCGUUCUGAAAUCUCACAAAUUAGGAAAGUGCCAGCGUUGGUUGCGCAUGGAGCCUGAGCUUCGCGCACAUAUUAAAUCUCUUGCGAAAAUGUCCGAGUCCCUGGUGAAAAAUACCAAAACUGAUAUUCCUAGCCGGCUACCGCGCAUGAUCAGCUCUAAAACAGUAACCAGUUCAUCAGAAUCGUCGCGAAAUUCCAGCCCCGCGACCUCCCAGAGCCACACCAGCCCCUCCUUACGACGUAGUUUGUUACUAGCCGCGCGAGCUCCACAAGUCCCGCCAAGUCCUUCGGCCACACGUCGUAUAAGCACCCUUACUAUGCCGACAGCCGCAAGUGCUGCGAAGAGCGCGCCGCCCAGACACAACAAACCAUCCAAUCCGAAGCAACAACCGCAAAGUCUUACACAACCACGUCCUAUCUCAGCUCCGUCGAACUUACGCAAAAGCGCAUCUUCUAAAUCCGCCAACAAGGAACCCGUUGUUAAAAAAGAUACGCCCCGGAGACCUGUGAAUAGCGCAGCUACGCGUAAACCUGCGACGCCUACAGCUUCCAAAAAACACACGGAGAUAUCAAAAUCAAAUGAGAAGAUCGGCGUAAAACGCAAACAAGUUGUGUCCACGACUACUAAGAAGGUCGUGCAAGCUGAGACGAAGUCGCCGCAAAAAUCUCCCGGUAUGGUACGUUCUAGUACAUUCCUGAAAGACGAGCCCACCGUACUUUCACUCUCUAGUCAUGGUAAAAUGUAGAAUUGUUGGAUCUAGUCGUGUAUAUUUUUUUUUGUUCGUAUGCUUCCAACACUAGUCAUUGCGAACUGUUUUCAAUUGUUUGCGCUCACGCUCGCUCUCUUGGUUGGUGAAUUGAUCUCUCUAUACUUCAAAUCUCUGCGUUCGACGACAAACAUACAGAACAUUCCCAGAAUUUACAAACAAUUUGUGAUAAAGAUGCAAUUUUACAUUGAUAGACUAUUUAAAGUAAUCAUAAGCUGAACAAAACUUUGAAGUACGCGCAGCUAAUUGAAUGUUAUGUAUACUCGUGUACAUAAGAUUGAUAUAAAUUAGUUAUAAAUGUCGCGCAUCUUCGUCGUACUACAUAUAUAAAUUUUAAGUUAUUUGGGGCCAGUUUUUUGAUUCGCGCACUUAAAAUACAUUCCUGUCUAUAUUAGAAGUAAUUUUUUUGUGUAGCCGGUAUUAACCAUUUUCAUGGUUAAAUCUUACUGAAGUGACUUAUCUUAAGGUGUUUCAAAGAAUAUAAAGUAAAUGACCUUAUCAAAAAUGUA